AGAAUUUUAUCAUGAAUCACUCUAUGCGGCUUUCCAUGUUUAAUGAUUAUUCCAAGAUGAAGCUCCUAUCGAUUGCCGACACAAGAUUUGCCUCGUGGAUUAUUAUGUUGAAGAGGUUUAAGAUCGUCAAGAGAGGCAUCCAAGACAUGGUUCUUAGUGAUCGAUGGAGCUUGUAUAGAGAAGAUGAUGUGGGAAAAGCUCAAUUUGUGAAAGAGAAAGUCAUCGAUGAUUUGUGGUAGGACAAGAUAGAUUUUAUUCUUGACUUCACUGGUCCAAUCUAUGAAAUGAUAAGGGUCACCGACACCGAUACACUAUGUCUUUAUUUGAUGUAUGAUAUGUGGGAUACAAUGAUUGAGAAGGUGAAACAAGCUAUUUAUAGGCAUGAGGGUAAAAGGGAUAACGAUGAAUCUCCUUUUUAUGAGGUGAUUCAUAAGAUCUUGGUGGAUCGAUGGAACAAUAGCAACACCCCGCUUCAGUGCUUAGCACACUCUUUAGUUCCAAGGUACUAUCAUUCCACAUGGCUCAAUGAGAACAUCAACCGGCAAGCUCCAAAUCAAGAUCUUGAGAUCUCUACGGAAAGAGCAAAGUGUUUAAGAAGAUAUUAUCCUAACCCCGAUGAACGACGGGCGGUGAACUUGGAAUAUGCUAAGUUUGUGGGGGAUUUGGAGGUUUUUAGUGAUCCGGAUUCUCUUUCCGAUAGAGCACAUAUGGAUCCUAAGUCAUGGUGGCUUCUUUAUGGUGCACGUACUCCAAAUUUGCAAUCAUUGGCCGUAAAGCUUUUAGGCCAACCUUGUUCCUCUUCUUGUUGUGAACGGAAUUGGAGUACGUAUGGUUUCAUUCACUCCUUAAAGAGGAACAAGCUAACCCCGGCACGUGCGGAGGAUCUUGUUUAUGUUCACACCAACCUUCGCUUACUUUCUCGAAGUUCGGAAGAGUAUAUGGAAGGAGAAUCAAGAAUGUGAGAUGUUGGUGGAGAUGCCUUUGACUCAUUUCAAGGUGUCGGUAUUUUAGAUGUUGCCGCCCUUUCUCUUGACGAGCCCACGAUGGAGGCCGUUGUGUUUGAGGAGGAUGAAGGAGUUGAAACCAUAGAAUGAUCUUUUGAUGUUUUAACUUGAGAACUUUAUUAUUAAGAUAUGCUUUUGGUUGUAAUUUUUACAAUGUUAGUAACUUAGUAUUUUGUAGCCAUGGAACUAGUUGCAACUUGAACUUUAUUCUCUUGUAUUUUGAUAUGCUCAAGAUGAAAGUAAUGAAAAUUAAAAUU